AUGCCGCGAGAGCGCGGCAAGACCAAGAUCGAGCGGGUACGCCACUACCUUGUCGGAACCGCUGAUACUAGGUACGGCGAUCAAUCAGAGCUGGACGACGCGAGGGUUUUUAGCGACACGAAGUCGAUCGGUAGCUUGAGCCAGCACCUUUUUGAGAGCGACGAGGACGAGCGUUACUACGGUACCUGCAACGGCUACGUCUCGCAGCCCGGCAGCAAGUCGAACUUGCUGCUGUGUAGCGAGUGCGAUCAGAAGACGCACACCUGCACCUAUCGACCGCAAACACCUGACUCACAUGCCGGCAGAUACGUGGAAGAACGUAUAGAUGACCGGCAUCAGGAGCCAGGAACCUCUCGUGCCUACAGAAGCCCAGUGAAGCUGUCCUCCCCGCGCUCGUAUCACACGGAUCAAGAUCGCGUGGCGCAGACAUCGUCGCCGCGAUCAUACCACGAUCUGGAGCAAGCGAUGCCGAUAACGUCACCUCGAUCCUACCGAACGCAGGAGCCACAGCGACGCGGAUGGACCACCAGGGAUACUGACGAUCGAGGUGACGUCGACAGAGACCGCGAAAGCCCGAUCUGCGAGCUCUGCCGAGGUAACGGCUACGUCGUCGUGCACUGCGAGCACUGCGACUUCUCCAGCGACGGCGACCUGAUCUGCUUCCGCUGUCAGAGCGACGAGGGCUCGUCCAACGGUCAGGUAUGCCCGCGUUGCGAGCGGGAAGCUGGAGUCACAUCGAGCACUGGCAGAUCCGGCUCCAGCGACGAAGGUAACGGCAAGUACCCCGUGGACACCGUGGUGAAGAUUCAAGUGAACGAUCGGACAAUCGACGUUGACUCCGACGAGACCCCCGAGAGCGAGAGCUCGGGCAAUUAUCAUCCCCAGAGGGGUGCGAUGGAGCGACUCGACACCAUCGUCGAGAUAAAGGGCGACACUGCCAGCGAGAACGACGAGGAAAACGGCGGCGGCACGAAGCUCAACGGUACCACUAGCGCGAAAUAUCUCAAUUAUAUGAUCGUGCUGUUCCUGUAA